GUCCCCAGCAUGUUGUAAACAGCGCAAUUACUGGAAGUUACCAGAUCGGAGGAACAACCAUAAAGGGAAAAGUAGGAGUAUGGCUGUCCGGAGUACUGUAAGCCGUCUGCUGUCCAGCAGCUGGAGAGGUGCUGCAGUGUGUGCAUGCAGGGCGCAGGGCACCGCUGGACCCGUCCACAAAGAUGCUGAAGAAGUUAAAAAGUCUGCAAAGAUGGCCAAGGUGUCAUUCAGCUGGCAGGAUGCCCUGGACCUUGACGGCCAGCUGACAGAGGAAGAGAUCAUGAUCCGCGACUCCUUUCGCAGCUACUGCCAGGAGAAACUGAUGCCCCGCAUCCUCAUGGCCAACAGACAUGAACAUUUCCACUGCGAGAUUGUCUCAGAGAUGGGAGAGUUGGGUGUUUUAGGUCCAACUAUCAAAGGGUAUGGCUGUGCAGCCACCAGCUAUGUGGCCUAUGGGCUGAUUGCCAGGGAGGUCGAGAGAGUGGACAGCGGCUACCGAUCAGUCAUGAGUGUUCAGUCUUCCCUGGUCAUGCACCCCAUCAACACCUAUGGGACUGAGGCCCAGAAGGAAAAGUACCUGCCAAGGCUCGCUCGUGGAGAGAUCCUGGGCUGUUUUGGUUUGACAGAACCUAACCAUGGCAGUGAUCCCAGUAGUAUGGAGACCAAGGCCAAGUAUAAUCCCUCCAGUGGUACUUUCACCAUCAGUGGCGCCAAGACCUGGAUCACCAACUCUCCUGUGGCAGACAUUGCAGUGGUGUGGGCCAAAUGUGAGGACAACAGGGUGCGGGGCUUCAUCCUGGAACGUGGGAUGAAGGGCUUCACCACCCCAAAGAUUGAGGGAAAGUUCUCCUUGAGGGCGUCGGCCACGGGCAUGAUCCUGAUGGACGAGGUGGAAGUCCCCCAAGAAAACCUUCUGCCCAAUGUCUCUGGCCUAGCUGGUCCCUUUGGUUGCUUGAACAAUGCCCGCUACGGUAUUGCCUGGGGUGCUCUGGGGGCCGCAGAGUUCUGCUUCCACGCUGCCCGACAGUACACCCUGGACAGAAUUCAGUUUGGGGUGCCGCUGGCCAGGAACCAGCUCAUGCAGAAGAAGAUGGCAGACAUGCUGACAGAAAUCACUAUUGGGCUGCAAUCCUGUCUUGCCCUGGGUAGACUUAUUGAUGAGAAAAAAGCGGCUCCAGAGAUGAUUUCCAUGUUAAAGAGAAAUAGUUGCGGUAAGGCUCUGGACAUUGCCAGACAGGCCAGAGACAUGCUGGGAGGAAACGGCAUUGCAGACGAGUACCACAUCAUUCGCCACGUCAUGAACCUGGAGGCCGUCAACACAUACGAGGGUACUCAUGACAUUCAUGCUUUGAUCCUGGGCAGAGCGAUCACUGGACUGCAGUCUUUCACUGUUGAGAAGUAAAGUUUAAACAGAUGUGUCCACCCCUUAAUGAAGCUGACUUGAAGUGGAAUGGGUCACGUUGUGCAGCCUGGCCAUCUGCCUUCUGAGACACAGUUUGGAUGGGCAACAACACUACAAGAUGAACUUCAUUUGCUCUGCCUGACAUGAAGUGUUUUCAUUAGACGUAUUUAUUUAAAUCUAAAUUACCUCAACAUGUACGAGAUACUUUUUCAGCCUACCAGGUAUAAGUGUUAGUUCUUUAAGUGCUUACUUUUUGCACUCCACUGUGAACUGAAGGGAGCAGCUUGAAGUAUGGGUUCCAAUUCAACACUAGUUUGAAAAGUUAG